AUGAAACGUCGAUUAGUCCCUUCAAGUCAAUCAAAAUUAAGCAAACUGCAUAUCAACUCGCGUGAGGAAUAUGAAAAAUAUAAAGAGGGAUUUCCUGCAGACGUAAAAGUAUUAGUUUGCUUAACGCUUACUUUUAAAAGUUUUGCAGCGGAACCGCUUUUUUGCUACCAAACGAUUGCAGCAAUAUUAGAGGAGACAUUGACUUUAUUCGAGUAG